AUGCUGCCCGCCCUCAACACAGUUAUACACGAGGAGAAGUCCCCAUUCUUGACUUCUAACUUCCAAUGCGACAACCAGGGAGUCAUUAGGCUGCCUCCGAUCCUGUCGCAGCACGUCGCCAGGCCGAAGUCGGUGGAGAGCUGCGUGCGCUACACCGCCAUCGCCUCCGCUAUGCACACACCACACGCCAACUACCUUGCCACUCCUGCGCCUAAGCCCAGACUGGUCACUGUGCAGCACACCGUACCCAGCACACCAGCAGCUACGCCUGUCUCCGCUACGCCGCUCGCUACCAAGCCAAAGUCCAAGAAGCUGGAUAACAUACUCACGCCCAUCUCGGCAGUGAAGGCCGCUAUCAGCACCCCGUCCAGUGACGAUAAGAAGCGCGCAUUUGCGUUCAUCACACACUCCCAGGAGACCUUCCCUACAAAGGAGCCCAAGAUUGACAACGCACAGCUGGCCCGCAGAAAGAGAAGGCGUACUUCAUCCCAGGAGCUCAAUAUCCUGCAGGCGGAGUUCCAAAGAUGCAGCACCCCGGACAAGCAGACCAGGAUCAACCUUGCUCAGCGUUGUAACAUGACUGAGAAAGCCGUCCAGGUGUGGUUCCAGAACAAGAGACAAGCCAUGAAGAGACACAAGGUCAUCGCUGACAACAGAUCAAGGUCCAACGGCUCCACAACAUCAACUACGCCCUUGGCAUCCAGAACACCUUCCGAGGAUUUCAACAUCUCUACAGACACUUCCUCUUGCGAUGACUCCGAAAGCGUCCCACAACUUGCAUUGCCUCUCUCCACUUCGUCGCCAAAGAAGGCACCACUGUCGCCAAGACCAAAAUCCCCUACAAAAAAGAGAAGCCAGGCACUUACUUUCCACCUGGAUGCUUCUAACAAGACUUUGACUCCAGUGAAGACCUCCCCAAAUAGAAGAGUCAACAGACUGAUCAAUAACGAGAACUUGACAUCUCCUUCAAAGAGCAAGAAAGUUACAAAAGUAAAGAAAGAACCUUUAAAGUCACUAGACGUUAACGUCAAGCACUAA